GAGUAGGUGGAAUAUUGGAGUUGGCACCUGGUUAUCUGCCUUCUGUAUAUAAAACCAUAAGAAAGGCUGGAGGAAUUUGCAUAGCUGACGAGGUUCAAUCAGGAUUUGCUCGCACAGGAAGCCAUUUCUGGGGUUUUGAAGCUCAUGGUGUGGUGCCAGACAUUGUCACAAUGGCUAAGGGUAUUGGAAAUGGGAUACCGAUAGGAGCAGUUGUUACUACUCCAGAAAUUGCUCAAGUUCUGACUCGCCGAUGUUACUUCAACACCUUCGGCGGUAAUCCGGUGAGUACAGCGGCUGGUCACGCUGUGCUUAAAGUGCUCGAGAAAGAAAAGCUUCAGGAAAAUGCUUUGAUCGUUGGAUCUCACUUGAAAGAUCAACUCAAGGCACUCCAAGGAAAACAUGAAAUCAUCGGCGAUGUAAGGGGAAGAGGGAUGAUGCUCGGAGUUGAGUUAGUCACUGAUCGCCUCGAGAAAACACCAGCAAAAACUGAAAUCUUGCGUGUGAUGGAGUUGAUGAAAGACAUGGGCGUGUUGGUAGGGAAGGGUGGCUUUUAUGGUAAUGUCUUCAGAAUAACGCCUCCUCUCUGCUUCUCAAAAGAAGACUCAGAUUUCUUCGUGGAUGUCAUGGAUAUCGCACUUUCCAAGUUAUGAAUCUUCUCUUCCGAUCUCGUCGCUGGAUUGUGAAUGCAUCUUAAUAUCGCACUUUCAAUGUGCAUGUUAGGCGACAGUGAAUGUAACUCUCUCUCUCUCUAUAAGAUUCUCCUCGGUGAUAAAUGAAAUUAAAACGGUUUAGAAGUCAACUUCCACAGAUCGAUCGUUCUUGAAUUUGAUCACAAAGUUUGCAAUCACUUUUAUCGGUUUAGAAGUGCGUUUCAGUUUCUUUAGAAACAUUGGUAAAAUUAGCGCUGCCCGCAAUGGAAGGGGAGAGGAGAGGAGAGGAGUGCCAUCCAAUCCUGUGAAUUUCCCACGUCCAUUAUUAACUCUAGUUCGCUAUUUCCAUGGUCGAAACCAAAGGUCGAAUUGAUGAGCGAGAUCACAGCACUAUGUAUUCUCCUUCCUCUUCCUCUUCCUCUCGAAGAAGUUUACCGCUGCUCUUCUUUCUCCAUCAAAACAGAAGAUUAUCGAAGAAGAAGAAGAAAUAAAGAAAGAAGAAGAAGCAGCGGCUUCUAUGUCACUCAUCAGCUUCUCGCUGCUCAACAUUACAGGAGGGACUCCUGAACCUGUCUGCUACGAAAAUGGCAUUGUCAACUCCAAAGGGUGGUUUCUCGGGGACAAGCCGCUGAACUACUCCGUCCCCCUCAUCCUCUUAGACAUUUCCCUUAUUUUCUUGCUCUCCAACGCCAUCCAUUUCGUCCUCAAGCGCUUGGGCCAAUCGAGAUUCGUCGCUGAGCUCCUGGCUGGUAUAAUUCUGGGGCCUUCGAUGAUCGGGCGAAGCAGGGCAUUUAGAGACGAGCUGUUCAAGGAUUGGGCUCGUGUCAUCCUCGACACCAUUUCGAUCACUAGCGUCGUCAUGUUCAUCUUCACCGUCGGCGUGAAGACCGAUCUGACCCUGCUCCGCAAGCCAGGGAGAAGAUCCCUGGCCAUCGCCGCUGCCGGCACUAUCCUCCCCUUUUUGCUCUGCUUAGUGAUGUUCUUCGCCUGUCGGAGAUACUUCCCCAACGAUGUCACCCAGGACUCGCUCCUCUACUUCCUCGCUUCGCGCCUCUCGCUCUCCUCCUUCCCGGUGCUGGCCACCGCCCUUGACGAGCUCCAGCUGCUCAACUCCGAGCUCGGCCGCAUAGUCAUGUCGGCCUCGCUGAUCACCGACGUCACGGAUUGGAUCGUGAGCGCGCUGGCGUCGGCGAUCGUGAUGAUCACCAGGGCGGGCCACUCCGGCGCCGCGAUCGGGAUCAUAGGGUCGCUGAUCUUUGGCAUCCUGUUCGUGAUGUGCGUGGUUCGGCCGGCAGUGAUGUGGGUGUCGCGGCGCACUCCGAUAGGGGAGUUGCUGCUGGAGUGGCAAUUCCUCACCAUGUUGCUCACCGUGCUGGUAAUCUCGGUGGCGACGCAGGUGCUGGGGUUCAACGCCAUCCUGGGGCCUCUGCUUCUGGGACUGGCCAUCCCGGGGGGGAUGCCCUUCGGCCAAACCCUCACGCAGCGGCUGGAACCAGUGUGCAUGGGCCUCUUCCUGCCCAUUUUCAACGUCCUCGCCGGCUAUCGCACCGAUUUAAACGACCUCAAGGACGUCAGCUCCUGGGGCCUCAUCGAGAUGGUAGUCGUCCUCUGCGUCAUCGGCAAGCUCGUCGGCGCGGCCGCCGCGUCACGCUACUUCGGGAUGUCUACCGUCGACUCCAUCUCGGUCGGCCUCAUGCUCAACGUCAAGGGAAUCAUCGAGGUCGCCGCAUUCAACACCUAUGCCUGGGGCGAUAUUCAAAUCGCAUCGGUGGAGCACUUCUCGAUGCUGAUCAUAUCCAUCCUGGUGGUGACGGCGAUCGUCAUGCCGCUGAUCAAAUACCUGUACGACCCCAAAACGCACUACGUGGCGCGGAAGCCGCGGACGCUGCAGUACGCGAACGCCAAGCCGAACUCGCACCUGCGCAUCAUGAUCUGCGUCCACAGCGAUGAGAACGUGGCCCCCAUCCUGGAUCUCUGGACCAUCUGCCACGUCACCGUGGAAUUCCCCGUCACUCUCACUGUCCUCCACCUGAACGAGAUCGCCGGGCACAACCUCCCGGUUCUCCGCGCCUACAAGCCGAGCCACCACUCCGCGCCCAUCACCCCCUCCGACCACAUCAUGAACGCCUUCCGCUACUUCGAGCAGAAGAACAUGGAACCGGGCGCCACCACGCUGCAUCCCUACGUGGCCAUCGCUCCCUACGCUACUCUGUUCAACGACGUCUGCUACCUCGCGCUGCAGCGCAAUGCCCACUUCCUCCUCCUGCCCUUCCACAAGAUCAACGACGGGACGCAGCAGAAGGUGAACUACGGCCACCAGUCCCUCAACCGCAACGUCUUCGCCUACGCCCCUUGCACCGUCGUCAUCUUCAUCGACCGCAACCUCGCCGGCGCCACCUGCGCCAACACCAACCACCUCCUCAACCGCCUCGUCGUCUACUUCCUCGGGGGCGAAGACGACCGCGAGGCCCUCGCGCUGGCCCUACGGUUCUGCUACAACCCCAACCUCCAGCUCACCGUCGUCCGCUUCCUCCUCCUCUCCCCCGGCCGCGACGAGGCCGUCGAUAAGAAGAGCAUGGACAAGGAGGAGAGGCUGGAUGAGGAGACGAUGGAGAGAUUCCGCGAGUUGUGUAGGAGCCAAGAGAGAAUGCAGUACUUGGAGGAACACGUGGUGGACGGGGAAGGGACGGCGGCGGUGAUACGGGCGAUGAGCGAGAAGUUUGACCUGCUCUUCGUGGGGAGAAGAAAGGGACUGGAUUCGGAGCUGACCAAAGGGCUGACGGAGUGGUGCAAGGAGUGCCCGGAGUUGGGCAUUUUGGGAGAUAUGCUGGCGACGUCGGAGUUCACGGAGAAGGUCUCCGUGUUGGUGGUGCAGCAGCAGAAGGGAUACAAAGGAGAUGGAGGAGGUCAAACGGAGUCGUCAAAGAAGCGACGAGAAAAAAAGCUUGCUGGAGUAACCGUAGAAAGAUAAGGAUGCUCAGUUUUUUCCCUCUUUUUUGUUUUUUUUUUCUUCUUUAUUUUCUUUUCCCCUCAAUUCUUUUACCUUUUUUCUUCUUUAUAAUUCUGUUUUUUUUGUUAAUUUUAUUUUGUUUCGAUUACAUUGGACUUUUGUAUAAUUAUUACACUAAUAGCUCUUCAUUUUUUUUUAACUCUAUCACAGAAGAGAAUUUCGUCUUUGUCUUGUUAGAAAUAAAGUUGAUG